UUGAGGCGACUUCGCCGGCAGGCUGGCUCAUUGCCCGGAGGCAGCCCGGUUCCAAGACGAACGCGACCAACGCUAACCCUGGGAAGGUCCUGGGCAUUAAUCGAAUCCUCUCCAUGCUCUUCUGGACGGCAAUUUUGACGUUGACGUCAAUACAGCAAUGGCGGAUGCAGUGGAGGAAGUUCUUGAAGGCAGCUGGGAUCAGGAUCUGGCUGAGGCCCUGGACUCUGGAGGCUCUGACCUGGAGCUUGAGAUGGACAUACAGGGGGAGCUGGGGUUGGGGGGAGGUCUGGGUCUGGAUGGGGAAGAGGCCAGCGGGGUUAUUCGAGUCCAGGAACUACCAGCCCAGCAGAGAGCCAAGCUGUGGAAGAUUGCGCUGAAUGUGGCAGGUAAAGGAGACAGUCUGUCCUCGUGGGAUGGAGUCCUGGAUCUUCCAGAACAGACCCUUAUACACACCCGCUGCCAGCAGCUCAUUG